AUGGCAGAACAUAAGGAAAAUGAAUUGACGCUUACUCCACUACCGGCCGUGUCAAUAUCAUCAUCAUCAUUGUCAAUGAAUCGGAUCAAAACUGUUACUCAUCAUGAAUAUUACGAACCGUGUCCGACAGUGAAAGAUUGGUUUAAGAGAAAGAUCAAUAAUCCUAAACCAAUCAUUAAGAAUUAUUUUCUAUCCUAUCUGCCUUUUCUCAAUUGGAUCUAUCGAUACAAUUUAGUAUGGUUUUGGAGUGAUCUUAUAGCUGGUUUGACAGUCGGUGCUAUUGUUAUUCCGCAAGGUAUGGCCUAUGCUGGAUUAGCUAAACUGGCACCACAGUUUGGCUUGUAUAGUUCGUUUGUCGGCGUAAUGAUUUAUUGGUUUUUUGCCACUAGCAAGGAUAUUAGUAUUGGACCUGUGGCAGUCGUAUCUGCAUUGACGGGUAGCAUAGUAGAUGCCGUACGUAGAGAUUAUCCGCAAUAUGAACCACAUAUAAUUGCAUCGGCUUUAUCUCUCAUUUCUGGUUGUAUUAUUUUUGGUCUUGGAACGUUUCGUCUUGGUUUUAUGGUCGAUUUUAUUCCUCUACCUGCCCUAGCAGCAUUUAUGAUUGGAUCCGCAUUGAAUAUUGCCAUGGGACAAAUACCAGUAAUGAUGGGUAAUAAUAAAUAUUUGAAUACACGUGAAUCCACCUAUUUAGUUUUUGGUCACUUUUGGAAACAAAUUAAACAUUGUAAUUUAAAUGCUGUACUCGGUUUAACAUCCCUCGUUUUGCUUUAUUUAAUUCGCUUUAUUUGUAUCCGUGCUGGUAGACGUUUUCCGACUAGAGAAAAAGUCUUUUUCUUUAUUGGUACACUUCGUGUUGUAUUUGUGAUUAUUCUCUUUCUUUUCAUUUCGUGGUUGAUCAAUCGACAUGAUCCCAAUCAUCCACGUACAUCUAUACUUGGUAAAGUCCCACGCGGUUUUCAAAAUUUGGGUGUACCGUACAUCGAUCGAACAUUAGUGAGUGCCUUUGCAUCCUAUCUGCCUUCGACAGUUAUUAUUCUUCUCAUUGAACAUAUUGCUAUAGCUAAAUCAUUCGGUCGGAUUAACAAUUAUGCUAUUGAUUCCAAUCAAGAAUUGAUUGCCAUCGGUGUCACAAAUAUUUUCGGACCUUUUUUUGGUGCUUUUCCCGCAACAGGUGGGUUCUCGCGAACAGCCAUUAAAUCCAAAGCAGGCGUACGAACACCUUUCGCUGGUUUGCUUAGUGGUCUGCUGAUUAUUCUGGGUAUUUAUACUUUAACAUCAAUUUUCUAUUGGAUUUCACAANGAUACUGCAAUCCAAAACUUACUAGACCACAGACGAUAACGGAAAAAGUCUUAUCCAAAAUUUAUUAUCAUAAUAUUAGUUGA